GCCAAGCCCCAUAGGUGGGGUGCCAAACCCAACUCCCUGUAGUGAGCAAUGGCGUAAACGUAAAUGGAUGAGGUGAGAGCUGAGAACAAUUGAAAGAAAAAUGUUUCGAGUGGCGGUGCGAUGGAAUUGGAGGCCAAUGGCUUCUUCUCUCCCUCUAACUCACUUCUUCCCACUCAACCCUAGGCCUCGAUUCCGCACCUCCAAGCUCUUCUGUUCCGCCGACCUGCAACCAUACCUCCGCUGCUCCAUGCCGCAGAAGCCUCUCCGAGUCGCCGUUCUCGUUAGCGGCGGCGUCGACAGCAGCGUCGCUCUCCGUCUCCUCCACUCCGCCGGCCAUUCCUGCACCGCCUUCUACCUCAAGAUAUGGUUUCAAGAAGAUUUUGAGAACUACUGGUCGGAAUGCCCCUGGGAAGAGGAUUUGAAGUUUGCCAAAGCUGUUUGCAAUCAGGUUGAAGUACCAUUACAAGUUGUUCAUUUGACUGAUGAAUAUUGGAACAAUGUGGUUUCUUACAUCAUUGAAGAGUAUCGUUGUGGCCGAACGCCUAACCCAGAUGUUCUUUGCAAUACAAGAAUAAAGUUCGGUGCAUUCUUGGAUGCUAUCAACGGUAUGGGUUUUGACUAUGUUGCCUCUGGGCAUUAUGCAAAGGUUAUCCACCCGUUUGAAGAUCAGAUGGAUGAGCUUUCUGUUCUUGAAUUAUCACAAGACAUGGUGAAGGACCAAACAUACUUUCUCUCUCACCUCUCACAAUCCCAGUUGAAGCGACUUCUUUUUCCGCUUGGUUGUAUUCCCAAGGAUGAAGUUCGUAGGUUGGCCACCAAAUUUGAUCUACCGAAUAAGGAUAGAAAGGAUUCCCAGGGAAUAUGCUUUUUGGGCAAGAUAAGAUUCAGUGAAUUUGUUGCAAGACAUAUUGGGGAGAGAGAAGGUAUCAUACUGGAAGCUGAGACAGGAGAUUUCCUUGGCAAACACCGGGGCUUUUGGUUUUAUACUAUUGGUCAGCGUCAGGGUCUACGGUUACCUGGAGGCCCAUGGUAUGUUGUUGAGAAGGAUGUUAAAAACAAUGUAGUUUUUGUGUCAAGAAAUUACUUUUCCUUUGACAAAAGAAGGCGCAUAUUUCGUGUUGGCUCUUUAAAAUGGUUUAGUGGGUUACCCCCUAGCCCGACAAGUCAGCUCAAAUGCAAGGUGAGACAUGGCCCUGGAUUCUAUAAUUGUAGCUUACAAAUGGAAGUUGCAAGUGAUAACCAAGUUGACGCUGCCGUCGUCCACAUAUCUGAAGACGAUCAAGGCCUAGCAGCUGGGCAGUUUGCGGCCUUCUAUGAGGGAAGGACAUGUAUAGGUUCUGGUGUGAUUUUGGAGUCCUGGGAUGAUCAAAGUUUUCCAGUCUGUGCAAAAGCUUUAGAAAUUGCAAGAAUGGAAGAUAAAUCAAAGAUUGGUAAUCCAGUUAAGAUAAAAGUUAAACCAGAUAUCCCACAAGAAGUGUGUGAUUCCAAAGAGUUGGCGAGUAAAGCAUCAUAAGGGAGUAACUGGAGUCGCUGCCACAGAACAAAAUAGGCUAACUUAUAAGAGGAAUGCAGUUUCCUAUUCCCUUUCAUGGAGAUUUUCUGAUAUUUGGUUCAGGAACGUUUUCAUAAUCAUGAUUAAAUUUUUGGGAGGGAGGGACGGCCACUUAAUAUUGCAAUAGGUUGGAAAGCAGGAGCUUCCAUAGUUCCAUUAUUCGACCUUUUGUAACAAAUUUGCACAUAGGGGUGAAAUAGGCCAGGGCCCUCAGUCUAGUCUGUCCAAUAAUCCAAUUUAAUAAAAAGGUGAGGCUUAGGUUUUUUAAAAAACUUUCAUUAAAUAAAUAGGUUAGGCAUAGGCUAUUAAAAAGCUUUGUUUGGAUUGUUUACCGGAUAUAUUAUUAUCAAUAAUAUAAUAUGAUAUUCUAA